ACCUUUGUACACGGCUACAUAGGGGAAGAAUUAAUGGAGGGACCGGAUACUGCGUGCGUGUAGCAGGAAGCCGAGUUUGGGAGAAGGUGGUCCUAGCACUGAGGUCAGCUGGAGUUUCCUGACCUUCUAUGUCAAGAUGUGGCUCACAAGACUGAUGCCCCACUUGAGUAGAGCCACAAGACUAACAGGAUAUAUAACGCCACAAUGCCUCAGUACAAGUUGGAAGAGCUUUUUUGCUUCUUACAGCACACGGCAGCCACAGAAACAGCACACAUUCCCUCCUGUCUGGUACAGCCUAGAACCUGAGCUGGAUGACGUUCUGGUUCCUCGAAUGCUGUCUAUCACUCCAUUGGAGAGCCUAAUUUCCUCCCGCUACACGUUGCCUAAACCCGAGGCCUCCAAUACUCAGGAGGAGCCUGAAGACCAUUUAAAGAUCUACGAUUGUCCUACUUCACAGGACACUGAUUACACGGGGGAGGAAAGUGGACACAAGGAUGUAGUUCAAUGCAAAAACAUCCUUAAGAUCCGAAGGAGAAAGAUGAACAAACAUAAAUACCAGAAGCUGCAGAAACGUAUAAAGUUUGUGCGACAGAAUGUCCUUCAUAGGCGCACUGUAAAGAAACAGAAAAACUUUGAAAAAGAUUUAGUUCGUAUCUGGAGGAAGGCAGGCUUGAAAAAAGCACCUCCAGGCUGGGUAACACCGAAUAUUUUUAUAAAGACUUUGUGAUCGGAGAAUGUGGAUGUUUCAUUUUAGUGUUUAUUGUAUUAUAAUAAAUUCAACAUUUACUAACUUCUCA